UUAUAUCGGCUGUCUCCUGCUCUGGCCUGACCAGUAUUCAGAACCCCUCUUCAUCGUUUUAUAAUUACAUUGCAUCACCAGCGACCAAGAAGCCUACUGAUUUCGAAUUGUUUGUUUUCCUGUCGCGUACCGUGACUGUGUAUAAAAACAGCAGUUGACUCAUGUCGACUAUGUAAUGCAAUUCCGAUGGAGAUGGUGUCCAGCCACAACUUACUGCUCAAGGUGCUCCAGCUGUUUGUUUUGUUAGCUGGGCUCACUUCAUACACUGAAGGCAGAAGUCUGAAGUGUUCUUCUGCGAAGCCAUGCUCGGACAGAACCCCAGUGAUCAUCAUUCCAGGCGACCUGGGCAACCAGCUGGAGGCGAAGCUGGACAAGCCCAGUGUGGUCCACUACAUCUGCUACAAGAAGACCAAUGAGUACUUCACACUCUGGCUCAACCUUGAGCUGCUGGUACCAGUAGCCAUAGACUGCUGGAUUGACAACAUCAGGUUGAUCUAUAACUGCACCACACGGACCAGUGAGGCUCCAGUUGGAGUGGAAAUCAGAGUGCCAGGGUUUGGGAAAACGGACACGCUUGAGUACCUGGACCCCAGUAAACGCGGCGUUGGAAUGUACUUUUUCGCCAUAGUGCAGGGGCUGGUUAACGAUGGCUAUGUCAGAGGUGAUGACAUCCGUGGAGCUCCCUACGAUUGGAGAAAGGCACCUAAUGAAAACAAGGCAUACUUCUUGGCUCUGCAGCAGAUGAUCGAGGAGAUGGCCCAUAAAGCAGGCCGGCCAGUGGCACUAAUCGCCCACAGCAUGGGCAACGUGUACACGCUGUACUUCCUCAACCAGCAGCCGCAAGCCUGGAAGGACAAAUACAUCGAAACCUUCAUCUCUUUGGGGCCGCCAUGGGCUGGUGUUGCCAAGACCCUCAGAGUAGUGGCCUCUGGUGAUAACAACCAGAUCCCGGUGAUCAGCUCACUGAAGAUCCGUCAGCAGCAGCGCACCGCCGUCUCCACCAUCUGGUUGUUCCCGAACGCCAACACCUGGCCUGCUGACCAGGUGCUCAUCCAGGCUCCCACUGCCAACUACACAGUGCAGGACUACCAACGCUUCUUUCAGGACGUGGGCUUCCCCGAUGGUUGGGAGAUGCGCAAGGACACGGAACCCCUGGUGAGCGCCCUGGAACCUCCCCGCGUCUCCAUGCACUGUCUUUAUGGCAGCGGCGUGCCCACACCAGAGCUUUACCGCUACACCACGUUUCCUGACGGGGAGCCGGCAGUGACGUAUGGGGACGGUGACGGCACGGUGAACCUGCGCAGCGCCACACAGUGCAAGCGCUGGGUGGGGAAGCAGACGCAACCCGUCAAGCUUGUGGAGCUCCCUGAAAAUGAGCACGUAAAUAUGCUGCUCAACCAAACCACAGUGGCCUACAUCAAGGCUGUGCUCAACCAGCCUUGACCCUAAAGACAUAUACGCACUCACACACCAUUCAACCUCUGUGCUUGACAUCAAGACCAAUGCUCAAGUCACCCUGACCCUCAGUGGCGUGCACCACACCAGUCCUAUACCUCUAAACCCUAGUCAAACAACCCCAAACCCAUAAUUGCCCUCAUCAGUCCAGGUAGAUGCUGACUCCACAGCACAUCUGGCCCUGAUCUGGAGCAGAGCUAGGACACAGCUGUGGCAGAUCUGGCCUGUAUCCAACUGAGCCAACUGCUAUUUAGGCCUGACCCCUCGGAAACGCCAAAAUGAUGAAGCCACUGCCUCCCACUGACCCUGCAGACACUGUCAUUGGUACAGGACCAGGUCCACCAUGAUUAAAUGGAACAACAAGUAGUUUAUGUUUCUGAUAGUUCAUGUAUAAUUACUAAUGAAGGAGUGUGGCCAGCUCUCUCUGCUACUCCUAAAUUAAUUCCUGCUCUUUCUAGUAUUCUACAUUUGUGAUGGGUCCUUCGGGACCAUUUGAACCAACAGUUCCAGUCUUUGCUAAAGUCAGUGUACAAUAAUGAUGUGUAGUGCCUCAGUUCUGUUUUUUACUCUGUCAGGGAGAGCAGUCUGGCUCCUGUUGUGCACAAACCUAAUUGGCAUGGGUUUUAAUGUUUUUAUCAUGUUUGAGUGAGUGGUGUACAUACAGUAUUUAUCAUUUCAGAAGGAUAACUGUUGGAUGUUAGUGCCAUUAUAGCACCAGCAUUUAAGAUGUGAAUGUACCCUCUCUUUAUCUCAGUGUUUGUCUUUUAUUUGAAAAUUCUGGGCCAUGAGAUUCUGGUUCCUUAGAGGGACAAAAAAAAAAAAAAAAAAGAUUUCAUUAUUAUUCCUCUGGUAGACCUGUUUAUUGGAAGUUCAUGUGUUGGCUUUGCCUCAUUUUUCAAUGUCCCAUAUCUAUUGCAUUGCAAAAAUUGAAUGACAAAAAUACAGGGUUUUAAACCUGCCUGUUGUUACUUUGAUGGUCUUUCCUGACCUGUUGGUGUUCUAGUUACUUGCAAAAUGUUAUUCAGCAUCUUUGAAAUUUGUACUAAUCACAAAAAUGUAAUUUCAACUAGGCAUGUAUGUUACCAGUGGUGGUAUUGAGAGACAAAUCAUGUAACUUAUGUUCAUAUAUAUAUUUUAAAUGAUUCAUAGUGGAGCCUUAAGUGAAAGUGGUGGAGACAAGUGGACUCUUCAAACAGCUCAAUUAUACUGCCACAAGUGAUUUGAUUAAUGUGAAAAUGCUGGAAUUCUCUGUUUUGUCCAAAUGUUUGUGCUUACUGGACGAGAAUAUUUAAAAAUCUGCCAAAGAGCAA